CUAUAAUACACACCAUAAACGAAGAAGAAGUAGUCCCCCUGCGUUUACAACAUGGAUUAAUAUGUCUCUGAAUUCAGGGUCAACAACAACAGUUACCAUCAUUUAUCAAUAACGCGGAGCCCCCCGUCCAAGGGGUUCUGAAGAUCAUACACGUCUCCAUGGACUGGCUUGUGGGUCUUCCAGAUGCAUUCCACAUGGCAACCAGUGGUCUGAAUAUCACCAUCGCCCUCUUCCUGCUCUUCCUGGGUCUUCUCUACCGGUAUUCGGUAUCCCCCUACUCGACUCUGUCUCGAUGUGGGAUCAAGCAUCCCAGGCCGCUGCCCUUCUUCGGCAACCUGUUUAUGUUUCGCCAGGGUUUCCUCGACCCGAUAAACCAGAUCAUCAGGACACAUGGGCGGGUGUGCGGGUAUUAUAUCGGCAGAAGGCCGAUUGUUGUGCUGGCUGACCCAGACAUCAUCAGACAGGUGACUGUGAAGGGGUUCAGCACCUUCCCCAACAGAUUGAACAACAACUUUGCGCCCAAGCCCAUGAGCGACUGCCUGCUGAUGCUGAGGGACGAGCAGUGGAAGAGGGUCCGCAGCGUGCUCACGCCCUCCUUCAGCUCGGCCAAGAUGAGAGAGAUGGUUCCUCUAAUUAACACGGCCACUGAUGUCCUGAUGAACAACCUGGACGCCCACGCAGAAUCUGGAGCGGCCUUUGACUUUCACAGGUGUUCCGGCUGCUUCACCAUGGACGUGAUCGCCAGCGUGGCGUUUGGCACUCAGCUGGACUCUCAGAGUAACCCCGACGACCCCUUCGUCCACAACGGACAGAAGUUCUUUGGCUUCACCUUCUUCAAACCCAUCAUACUGGUUUCCAUGAUGUUCCCCUUCCUCCUGACUCUCCUGCGGCGCGUGCUGCCCAAGCGCCGCGACACCGUCAGCGCUUUCUUCACACAGUCCAUCCAGAGGAUCAUCAAGCAGAGAGACGACCUGCCCCCAGAACAGCGGCGCCGGGACUUCCUGCAGCUGAUGCUGGACGCGCGGGGCGGCGGCGGGGAGGAGGUCGUCUCCCUGGAGGACUUUGACGCCGUCUCCCACGCCGCUGGUCCCAGCGACCCGCAACCGGACUCCGCUCCCGCGCCUCCGGCUCCGGGGCUGAAGAAGAAGAGGUGGCUGACGGAGGACGAGGUGGUGGGCCAGGCCUUCAUCUUCCUGCUGGCGGGCUACGAGACCAGCAGCAACACCAUCUCCUUCGCCUGCUACCUGCUGGCCACGCACCCCGAGUGCCAGCGCCGGGCGCAGCAGGAGGUGGACCUCUUCUUCAGCAGACACGACUCCCUGGAAUACACCAAUGUCCAGGAGCUGAAGUAUUUAGAAAUGGUGUUCUGCGAAGCCCUGCGCCUCUACCCUCCAGGCUUCAGGUAUGGUCGCACUGUGGACGAGGACUGUGAGAUAAGCGGCCAGCCCUUACCUAAAGGAGCCACUGUGGAGUUCUCCAUAGGCUUCCUACAUUAUGACCCAGAGUACUGGCCAGAGCCACACAGGUUCAUCCCAGAGCGGUUCACGGCGGAGGCCCGAGCCAACCGGCACCCCUUCGUGUACCUGCCCUUCGGCGCCGGGCCCCGGAGCUGCGUAGGCGUACGGCUGGCCCAGCUGGAGGUCAAGAUGGCCCUGGUGAACGUGCUGCGCAGGUUCAACCUGGUGGCCUGCGCUGAGACCAAGGUCCCUCUUGAGUUGAAGUCUGAUGUCACUCUCGGACCCAAGAAUGGCAUAUUUCUUAAGAUCACUAAAAGAGAAGCUGAUAACCGAAGCUGAGAAAAUAGGCAAAAAUAUACUAUAUAUCAUCUAGGACGGCAGCAAUCAAUUACUCAAUGGGUUUGAUGGAAAAGUUAAAUAACACAUAUCAAGUUACUUCCCUGUAAAUUAAAGGAGAAGUGCUCUGGUGUUGAUUUCAUUUUGAGUGAUAAAUCAAUGAUCUCAUUGUGCAUACCUUAGUGCUUCUGGAAUAUUAUUUGCCUGUUCUUAACUCCAAAGUGUUGGGCAGUGGUCCAUAAGGUCAAUAACAACACACAGUAUAUAAGGCUUGUAGGGUUACUAUUUAUUUAUUGGUACGACAGUCUUAUCCCAAGCAGCUCCCAGUGGAUCCAGGUCCGACUCCGGAGCAAGCAGUGGUGAGGCAUUUUGCACGAGGUGGGCUGCAGCCAUUGGGAUUGCACUGGAUUACAGUGAUGUGAUUUUUUUUUUUUGUUUCAAGAUUAUGUAUUCAAGUUAUGCAUUGUUUUUAUAUGCAUUCAUAUACUUAUUGGACUGAUUUGAAUAAUGAAUUGUUAAAACUAAUAAAAAAAAAAACUAUCAUAAAAAGCUAUUUUUUAUGCCCUUUUACGCCUGAGUUAAGACAUGGAGUUGUAGAGUCCUUCAUCAACUUGCUAAGCCAAAGAUGACCCACAAUGCAUAAUAUGACAUUGCUAUUUUUGCUAAAUAAUCAGUUGUUCCUCACUUAAGUUUGCAUGACACGGAACAAGAGAAUUGUUUUUCAACUGUUCCCAAUUGUCUUAGCAGCACCGCUGUGAAACAAACGCGAUUAAAACACCGGCCCGGAUAAACCCAAAUAUUUGAAUAUAAGAAAAAAAACUAUGUAUAAUGACAUGCAUGACUACACUUGGCAGCUAAAGGAUACAGGGCACCUCUUAAAGUCUAAGAAAUUGACAGAAAGCAAAGGGUAGGCAUGUAUGUGGCUUAGUAGGCAGAGCCCAGUGUUCAGGAAUAAUCAAUGAUGUACUCCGGGUAAAUCUGGUGUUUCUCAAAGACCACGAAGAUGCUGGGAUCCCUGGCGCGGUCCACGCAGCUGUCGUAGAGGCUUGUGCCGGUGCUUUUGCUUGGGGGGCGGGCGUAGCUGCUGCUGCCCAAAGUGAACUCCCCCACCAGGACGUGGGCCACGAACAUCACCCUCCUCAGGCCCCGGUGGGCCUUGGAGUACUUAUCUGAGUAGGAGGCGUCUCUGGCAAAGUAACUCCCUGUGGGCAUCGUCACCAGCACAUAUCAGGAUAGAACACCAUUUGACCCAUGAUGGUGCUGCACUGAAUGAGAUGGUGGUGGGGAGAUGAACCAAACGGACGUAUACUGUACCUUUGCCGUAUGCUGUGCCGUGGACUCCACACAUCCUCCAGUCAAAGUUCUGCUCACAGAUGGGAUCCAGCAGAGACUCUUCUGUGCCAUGGAACAGGUGGCGUUCGUCUACAGGCUUUCCUCCAUUUUUCUCCUUCAUCAGAGUCUUUUGCCUGGACACCAAAGAAGAGCAAGUCAAAACAUAUAUUCAGAUCAACUUUUUUGAAAAAAUAAAAAACACAGCAUUUUAUUAGAACUAUGUGGUUAUGUGUGUUAUGUGUGCCAUGGCUCAUAUAUUGCAUCUCUCAAUGUCUUAUGAGGCAUUAUGGUACUUUUUAUUUCCCUUUGCAUUUAAGCCGAGAUAUGGCCCAGGAUCAAUCCAGAGCACAAAUAUGUAACCCAUCACUUUUAGGUAAGUUUGGUUUUCCUUUGGGGUCAGCUUUGACAAAUGUGCAUGAAUUAAAUCUGAUUCAAUUUUACACUGAUAUUUUUUGGUGUCUGUUCAGAGUGUAACGUUACCAUUGAAAGACCUUCCAAAGCGCGGGGUUUUGUAUGCGCUCGAUUUUGUUGAUCAAGCUGGUCUUCAUGGUGCGCUUGAACCAGCUCUCGACCAGCUGGUACUCCGUGGAGGAGCUGGUCAGUGGGAUGACCUGGAAGAUACAUGGUGACAGUCAGUGCAUACAGAACAUUUUUUAUACGGUAUAGCACAAGCAAAAGCAAAAUGGGAGCCAAAACAGGCACUGUGCAGACAGAAACCUUAUAUCCAAAGUUAGGUAGGGAAGUCUUCUCCCAGUUCGCUGGUACCGAAUCGCCUAGGGAAGAGGACGCGGCACUUGGUGAUGAGAUGCUGCAGUGGGAGACAUAAGACGAUCAAUCGCAUUCCCAUUUGUCACAACACAUCCUACAGUAGUGUUCUCGUUUGGUAUACAACCACUGAAAUACAUUUCAAUCUUAAAGGCAAUUACCGGUUUGGGGGAUAAAACCCUUGACACUGUCUCCUGGCUUCACUAAAACAUCCGCCAGCAUUAUAAUUGAUUAAAAUCACUUUGUUUGGCCAAUUCUGUCUAACAGCAUCCCGUAUGAAUGGGCCUGCAGCAAAUGUAAACCAUAGCAAUAUGUGAUACUUUGGUAAUUUUCAUAAGACAUAUUGUCAAGUACUUGAUUUGAAAUUCCACGUUAUUUUGUCUACAAAAUUCUACUAACCAAUUUAUUCCAAAAGAAUAAGGGUGCCAGUAUUUACAACUCAAGUGAUUUUAGCUAAUAUUGGAUACUUUUAAUUCAAGUCAGAAGAGAUGGUUACAAUGUUUAAUCAUCUAGAUCAGGAUGUCAUUUAAGAGGUGAUACAAUGGUUUGUUCACUUAUGACAAAGGCAGUGUCCGAAAUAGGGGGGGACCACCUGAAAUACCCAUGAGACCCCCUGAAAGCGUCAAAAGCAAAAUUUUAGGGGGGUCUCAAAUUUUGUUACAAAUAUUAUAUUGUCAGUAAUAGUCACAGAAAUGUUUUUAAGCCCACUAUGUCCAGUAUUCAGAAUUAAAAACAUUUAUUCACAAAUAUGUUAUUUUUUGCCAAACGGAGCCAGCCAGUCUUGUGCGCGCAUGCAAAUUAC